GACGCCGCCUGGGGGACGGCCGUGCCCACGCUCACUCCCGCCGCCUGACGCAAUCCGGGGCGCCCUUGCCGCAUGCCAGGGCCGGGAAGCCUCCCUCGCCGCCGUUGCAUCACUCCUGACAGGUUUGCCGCAGCCAGGGAGCCGGACCAAUCAGCGGGCGCGGUGGGGCGGGGGCGGGCCGCUCAGGGAGCCAAUCACAGGGCGGAGCGGUUAACCGGUCAGCAACGCCCAAAGCUCAUUGGCUACAAAAGGGGUUCGCCCCGCCCCAAUCGCCGCGGCAGCUGGCGGCGGGGGGCGGUGCCCGCCCACCGGAGGGUUUAAAAGGGGCCGUGGCGGGGCUGCGCGGCUGGAGUGACCGAACGGUGCCGGCCAGGUGUGCGCGUCCGCCCGUCCCUCCGCGCCCGCCCGCGCCCGACACCUGCCCGGAGGACGCCGGCCCGGCCCUGUGCCCGGCACCAUGAAGCAGGCGCCCGCAGCCCAGAGCCCCGCGCCCGCCCCGCCCGCCUCGCCGCCCGCGCAGCCCCCGCGGGGCGGUGGCGACCCCCCGGCGCUGUGGAUUUUCGGGUACGGCUCCCUGGUGUGGAGGCCCGACUUCGCCUACAGCGACAGCCGCGUGGGCUUCGUGCGCGGCUACAGCCGCCGGUUCUGGCAGGGAGACACCUUCCACCGGGGCAGCGACAAGAUGCCUGGCCGAGUGGUGACCCUUCUCGAAGACCAUGAGGGCUGCACGUGGGGCGUGGCCUACCAGGUGCGAGAUGAGCAGGUGAGCGAGGCCCUGAAGUACCUGAACGUGCGGGAAGCGGUGCUCGGCGGCUACGACACCAAGGAGGUCACCUUCUACCCCCAGGACAGCCCUGACCAGCCACUCAAGGCCUUGGCCUACGUGGCCACCCCCCAGAACCCCGGGUACCUGGGCCCCGCCCCGGAGGAGGCCAUCGCCACCCAGAUCCUGGCCUGCCACGGCUUCUCCGGCCACAACCUCGAGUACUUGCUGCGCCUCGCAGACUUCAUGCAGCUCUGCGGGCCCCAGGCCCGGGACGAGCACCUGGCGGCCAUCGUGGACGCGGUGGGCGCCAUGCUGCCCUGCUUCUGCCCCACCAAGCAGGCGUUGGCACUGGUCUGAGGGGCGGAGCCCCUGCAGGGAGUGCCCACAAGGACAUGGGCGCCCGGGCCCCACGCCCGUGCACACAGACAGACUUGGACACAGCGGGAGCCCACUGAGAGGGCAGCCAGGGCUCCUCUCCCGAGCCCCUGCCUGUCCAUCCGCCUCCAGCCCUCCUGCCUGGCAUUGACGUACUACUUGAAACUACUUAUUGCACCAUGUUGGUGUGACGGGCAGGGUGGGGGGCCUGCCCUGGACACGGGCCCCGCUGAGCGGUGCCCACCCCGAUAUCUGGCCAGAUUCCCCCCAGUGCUGCUGCUCACCCCUCCCCAUCCAGACCCCCCCCCCCCAGCUCCCUAACCCCACACCAUUCCCAGCCCCGGAAGUGCCACCUGCUGGUAAGGGACCGAGGGAGUGAGGGGAGGGGCCCUAAAGGGACCGAGCCCCCUUUCAGCCCUGCUCAUCGCCCGGGUCCCCAGGGCAAAGCCAGAUCUGGAGCCCUUGGCUGCCGAGGCUGGGCCUGGACCUCUCACGCACUUGUCUUUGUUCGCCUGUCCUAUGUGUCUGUCUGUGCAGUCCUGUCUGUCUGUCUGUCUGUCUAUUCCUGGGAAAUGGAUCCCUAGGCUCUGGGGCCAUCCCAUCUGUCCCGUUCUGUUACCAUAAACUGAUGUCCUA